AUGGCAUCGAAGGAAGAUGAAGCGGCCGCUGCUCAGCCGCUAACCAGCGAUCAUGACAAAGAAACGAACGGAGAUGCUCUCCCAGCUGUUGAAGUCAAUGGACAAGUUGGCCUUAAAAAGGAAGUCACCCUUCUAAAUGGCAUUGCUCUUGUUGUUGGUGUGAUUAUCGGCUCUGGAAUUUUCAUCUCACCCAAAGGUGUCCUCAAAUGGACCGAAUCAGUCGGGAUGAGUUUGGUCGUCUGGGCAGGAUGUGGUAUUCUCGCUCUCCUUGGCUCCCUCUGUUACUGUGAAAUGGGUACCAUGAUCCCUAAAUCCGGUGCUGAGUAUUCUUAUCUCUACGAAGCCUUUGGUCCUCUACCAGCAUUUCUGUACAGUUGGACGCUCGCUUUGAUCAUUCGUCCAUCUUCACUCAGUGUCGUGGCUCUUACCUUUGCACGUUAUGUUAGUCAGCCCUUCUUCCCCGACUGCGAAAUCAGUCCGAUUCCUGUCAGAAAGAUCUUAGCAGCAACAUGUUUGGGUGAGUAUCAUGUCCUCAGGGCUACCUUAAAAAAAAAACGUUGAUCGUUAGUUAAUUGCGAUAAAACGUAACCUCUGCUCUUUGAGACAAGUUUUCCUUAUUGUGCUAGUGCGAUUGCGAUGUGCAUACAUUAGACAUCAUUUCUAAUCGAAAUCUUCUGGAGUUUAAAAUUAGUUACUUUUCGUAAUCCUGGGCUUUACUGCACUAGGACCAUAUCGUCGAUCAUGGUCUUAUAUGUUUCUUUAAUGUGCCUCGUGGUUUUUUGUUUACACCGAACAGCUAAAUUUUUUUAGCGUGUUAUUGCAUCAGCUUCGAAACGUGGCCUCAUCUGCCUAAUUUGCAUUUGAAAACGUUUUGUCAGGGGGUAUUAAAUGUUCUUUUAUGUGGGUGGAUAAUAGCCGACCUCCAGUAGAAUUUUUAUUAGGUGGGUCAACGCUUGUAUUGAGAGAAGAAGGGGUAAUAUAAUUGAGAUGAUUUUGAAGUGCAGUGCUUAAAGGUAAUUUUUUAAAGGUUGAGUGGUCAUGGCUAUUGUUUCUGCCAAAUAUCAAGACAUUUUAAUUUUCCUCUCACGUCAGAGAUGAAAUUGUGGUCAGAUGUAUUUUUCAAUGAAUAGAACAAUACUAUAACAAACCAAAACGCAUAAAAGAUGUCAGAUAAUGCCUUUGUUUUAAGUUUUUACUACACGCACAAGACUAGUGUCUAAAACCAUCAACAUCUGAAUGAGAGCAGUGAUGCAUAAGGAAAAUUAUUCAGUAAUAUGAAGCUACUGUUCUUUCACUCCAGCAGCAGGAAGAAUUCUUUUGAUCAUGGCAAUAGGACCAUGUGGAGUCCAAUUUGGUCUAUAUUCACAUGAGUGGUUAACAAAAUCAUACAACUGCAAAGUGGGAGUCCGAUUUGUCAAUCACAAGUAUUGCUACAGACAGAAUUGGACAACACAAAGUCCUGUUACCAAUUAAUCAAAACUAUGACAAAAUUUGAGAAAGAAGCUAGACAGCGGUAGUACAGUUUCAUAUCAAAAAAGAAAAACAACACUUGUGUCCACUUAGGCAUGAAAUGUCAACUGUCUCUUUAACUGUCCUAUUACACUGUCCAAUGACAAGCAUGAUGUGUACACUGUCCUUUUGGUGCUCAACUGGAGCUGGUGAUAACCAAUCACAUUCAAGAAUUUUGUUAUAGUUUUCAUCAUUAAAGAAAUUGUAUUAAUUCAAGAGCUGAAUGAAAUUUAGGGCAAAAACCGCAAUAUUCCUUGCUGUUUAUAGAUGGAUCCAGUUAUUUUGAAAGACCUUAAUUUGCUAGAUGUAGUUGCUCUUAUUUGUUUUUCUCUUGAAGUUCAUAUGAUACUCUUAUCAAACCCUUUUCUCCUUUGAAAAAGCGUAUUAGUUGAAUUAAAAAUCAUAAACAGAGCUACAAGCAUCAUUUCAAGCUGAAAUAGUGCCUAUGCAAGUACAAAAAAAGUUAAUUGCAUCAAAACAAUUUUAAGAGUUUUGUGUGCAGCCUGAGAGGCCAACUUGUUGUGGCAAUAUCAUUGUUCUUGGAUAAACAUCAGCAUUUACAAAGAAAAAACUCUAAUCUUCCUCAUUAUCUUUGUUUUAGCUCUGACUAUGUUUAUAAAUUGUGCAAGUGUGAAAUGGGCCACACGCAUUCAGGAUUCCUUCACUUUUGGAAAACUUAUUGCUCUUGCAAUUCUGAUCGUGAUUGGCCUCAUUGAGGUUGGAUCAGGUAAGAAUAAUUUUGUAUCAAACCUUUUUACACCCUAACAUCAGUACGCGUAUUCUCUUUACUGUUCUUUACACAAUUUGUAAGGUGCUGACAAGGAGAAUUUGUUGAACAAUCAAGAGCUUCUUUAGUUGGUGAUCAUUUCCUUGAUUCUCAUGACUGUAAUGUUUUUUUUUCAGGUGUUGUUGUAGAGAGAAAACAAAAUUAGAUGCUAGUCACUCUUAGUCACCUUAACUACAAACAGUUUAGCUUCUUGAUUUUAUUCCAAGCAACUUGAGUUGAAAUGUCUUUUUUUCUGUUUUAUAUUCUUUGUAUGAGAUUGAGGACCACACAGGAACUGAUUACAUGAUUUCUCUAUAGGUAAUCUUCAAAACUUUAAGGGAUCUUUUGAUGGAACUACUUCAAACUUGGCAAAUAUUGGAUUGGCUUUCUAUUCAGGCCUCUGGGCUUAUGAUGGAUGGUAUGUUUUUCUGUGGAACUUUCUUUGUGUGAGCAUUUUUACCAUGGAAAUACUCUUAACUGAUUGUCAUGUUUUUGUUGAACUUGUUUGUUGAUUGGUUUCAAUUUCCUUUAUUCUGCAGGAAUAGCUUAAAUUUUGUCACUGAAGAGAUGAAGAACCCAGCUAGGUAAAGAAAGCCAUUCUUUUUUUGCAGCUAAUCUUGCUUAAGUUACAUGUACAGUAUCAAGGUAAAGUGAGCAGUCAAGCCAAGCAGCUUGCCCAGGUUUUCAUGGCAUGAAGCGACUAGAAUUAUCCUGGGUAGGGUUGUUUGUCCAUCAGAGGGUACUGCCCUGCAUUUGAUCAGGUUCUUCAGACUGUUUACCAGUACCCAUCUAUACUCCUGGGUGGAGAGAGGCACUGUGCAUGUGAAGAGUCUUGGUCAUGAACACAACACAAUGACUUGGUCAGGUCUUGAACCCAGACCUCUUGACUCAGAGUUCAGUACACUAACCUUUAAGCCAUUGCAUCUUCCUGUAUAGUUAUUGUAAUAGAAUACAGUUGAACCUGUAGUAGGCAGCACCAUACUAAUGAUUACCCUGUAUUAAGUGGUCAGUUUUCAAAGUCCAAAAUUUUUCUCCCUCAGCCACUGUAAUUUUUGCCUCUAUCAAGUGGUCACUUGUAUUAAGAGGUCAUGGUCACCCUUUACUGAGUCUCAAUGGUUUGUUUGUAUUUUCCUCCUAGCCUGUAUUGAAGAGUUACUUAAUGGCAUUAUACAUGGCAUUAUUCAGUGGAUUUGUUUUGUACAAAUGGAAAGGAAUAUAUGUAAUAUUUUUUUCUUGAGUUUGAUUACUACAUGAUUGUCACACAAUAAGCUUUACUCUAAGAGGGAGCGAAUCAUUGACUUUUCUAGGAGGAUGGUAUAAAAGGAAUCUCUGAAGUGGUUUCAUUCAUCAACAAUAUUAUUUUUGUGAUCUUCAGGGAUUUACCAAGGGCUCUCAUGAUUGGAAUCCCUCUGGUAACCAUUGUUUACUUGUUGACUAACAUUGCCUACAUUGCUGUUGUUGGAGGACAUGGCAUUUUGAACUCAGGAGCUGUGGCUAUGGUGAGUAUUACACACAAUAAUGCCCAAGAGACUUGUUGUUCAUUUUGAAAAAAUGCAUGUAGCAGUUUUGUUGGGUUGGAGGUAAAGACAAGGCAGUUUUCAUGGAAAGAAAAAAAGUUAUUUGUUUCAUAAAAAUGCACUUGUCCAUAUCUUUCUUGGUUGAUCAACAAGAGUUGAAUUAUUGCUUUUUUCCAUCUUUCCAAAAUUUCUUCAAAAUAAACUACAAUAUAAUGUAACUUGCUUGUGACUGGUUUUGAGCCAACACCCAGUUUUUAUUAGACUUGGGCUGAUGGACAACUACAAAGGUUGAGGUUUGUAGGGCAUAAGGCCUUGAAGGAAGGAUUGUAGCCAUUUACAGAAUGUUAGAUCAGGUUAAAUAGCAUAUUGGUUCAAUGUGCAGGUUGUUGGAGAGGAGAAGAUGGGACCUGUUGCUUGGUUGAUUCCGAUCUUUGUUGCAUGCUCCACCUUUGGUUGUGUGAAUGGACUUGCGUUCAGUGGUGCGAGGUAAGUCAAAUGUUCUUUUUUUUUUCUUCUGUUUUUGCAAGUGUAUGCUACAAGUCAAUCCUACUGUAAAAAAAUUUCACUCAAGCAAACAGUAGCACCUAUAUGAAGCCUUAUGCCCUGUGCAAGGAAUUGAUGGAAAAAAUGUUAAUCCAGCAUUUGAACACUUCAAAAGUUCAAGUGCUGGGGAGGUUGCUGGCAAGGGGAGAAGGGUAGAAUUGAUCAAUGCAAAAUUUGAACCUUGCAAUUAAUUAAUCACCAUCAUGUAGUACAUUUUGCUCACUGACUGUCUGCUGUGUCCAUAGGUUGGUAUUUGUGUCAGCUCGCAAUGGUCACAUGCCUAAAAUACUUGCCAUGGUUCACAAGACUUGUCAUACCCCUAUGCCUUCCAUCAUUUUCUUGGUAAGUUUUAUAAACAUGCAUGCACCCUAGAAUUGAGAGGUGUUGCCCCAACAAAGUUUGCAUGACAUUUCGGCCAUAGUUGUGAGUAGAAGGGACUCCCAACUGAGAGGCAUGUUUCCUUUAUCGCACUUCUCCAAAAGAAGAGUUGCUGUAAGUAUUUUAUGAUGAGUUAGAUGUUGUUAAAAAGGGCACAAAAUAGAAAAACCACAGGCUCAAAAAUUGAGCAACUAAACUAUCAACUCUUUCUAAAAGGGGAUAGAACCAAUCAGUUUUGAUACCCAUUCACUCACCUUAACACUAAUGUCCUUGGCUGGAAAAAGCACCCCCUUGUGUAAAGCUAAUAGUAUCACCCCAAAAUAUGUUAAAACUUCCAUUUAAUAUGUAUUUUUUUAAUUGAAUUUUAGCAUGUCAUUGCCAUGAUCAUGUUGAUUCCUGACUCCAGUGAAUUCAGCACACUCGUCAACUACUUCAGCUUUGCUGCAUGGCUCUCAUACUUUGCAGUCAUCACAGCUCUGAUGUACCUUAGGUGGAAACGUCCAGAUGCUAAGAGACCAUACAAGGUACUUUGAUUAGUUUAGAUGGUAUUGAUCUUUGAAAUGGUAGCCAUUUUUUACUUGGUUCUGACAGUUUUGAAUGGUCUCACAAAGCAUGGACUUGGAAGUAAUACAUGUACCUUUUAGACGAAAAAAGUUUUCAUUCAGAAUCUGUGGUCAUUUUCUCCAUCAUGAGCUUUCUUUGGCCUCGGCAUGUAUUAUUUUACUUUGGUCUAAAUCCUCACAAAUCAUUGUUUCAAGGUUUCAUUCCGGUUAACGCUUUACACCCAUCAUCAGUAUGCAUAUUCUCCAUACUGUUCUCUAUGCAUUUCUUAAGGUUCUGACAAGGAGAAUUUGUUUAACAAUAAAGAGCUUCUCUAGCCAGUGAUUAUCUCCUUGAUUCCUUUGACUUUGGUGUUUGAUUCAGGGGUGAUAUUGUAAGGAGAAAUUAAAUUCUUGUCUCUUGAGGUGCUAAAGAAUAAAGGGCAAUUUUUUCUGCCCCAUAAACAAUGCAAAAUAGUAAUAUUUAGCUGCGCUCAACAAAGGUGAUUUUUUUUUUCUUUUUUACAAAUGAACCCUGUAUUGACCAUACCUGCCUUAGCCUUUUAUCUGCCAAACCUCACACUUUUCUUUGGAACAGGUCUGGCUGAUUGUGCCUAUCGUUGCUGACCUGGCAGCCCUUUAUCUGCUGAUCACUCCUUUCUGGCAGGAACCUAAGGAGUCUGCCAUGGCCCUGAUCUUCAUCGCUCUCGGCAUACCUGUCUAUUUCUUCUGUUGUUAUUGGAGCAAAACAAAGGAUGCAUGCGACGGAUGCUGUGGUUAGUGUCCAGAGUUCAAAAUGUAUUUUGAGACAUUAGUCGACUGACGAAAUUGCAAUUUUUAUUACAUUAGUGAACUAAUCUCAACCGACCAUAUGCAUUGUUUGCUGCGAAAGACGUGACAAUCAGCUCAGUUGGAAAUAAGUGUGUUCCUGCCCAAAGUUAUAUUUAAUAAUGCACAAGUUGACUUAGGGUAAUUUAAUUUUAUCAACUGAGUUAAUAACGUAAGUUGGUCACCUUAAAGAGUUCAAAAGCUGACGUUUCGAGCGUUAGCGUUUCGUCAUCGCUCCGACGAAAGGUUAACGCUCUCCCACCGACGUAGCACCGCAGUUUCUUUAGAAACUUGCCCCCCUGAUUUGGAAAGAAAUGAAGACCAGAUUGACGUAAGGAGGGAAAAUUCAACCUUCAUCGCUUUGACGAAAGACUAACGCUCUCCCACCGACGUAGCACCGCAGUUUCUUUAGAGACUUACCCCUCUUAUUUCAAGUCAGUUGCUUGUUAAUUCAGUUCAAUUAUUUUGGAAAGAAAUGAAGACGAAAUUGACGUAAGGAGGGAAAAUUCAACCUAAGGUUACUGUCACAAGGGUUCUAGUGAAAAUGAACUGAUCAAUAAUUCUCUCAAUUUGAUAUAUUAGUUAGUUUGAUUUAUGAGUUCAACUCACAGAAUUUAACAAGAGUGUAUUAAGCAUUUUGUUCUCGUUGCUAAUAACUUUGUUUCUCUUGUUAGGACGUUUCACUUACAACGUGCAGAAGUGGUUUAACUUCUUUUUGCCCGGGAGUGAGGAAGAUUCAGAGGAAACCAUGUUAAAAGACUGAUUUUAUUUCUUAAAUUUGCAUGUAUUUAUUAAGAAAUGAAAUUCAAAUCAUCAUGCUGACCAAACCUUUCUAAAGCUUAGAAGAUUUUCAUGCGGCUCUGUAAUUUAAUUUUUCUUUUUAUUUCUGCUGCAGUAAGCAAAUAGGAUUUACUUUAAGUAGAAUCUCAAAGCAUUUAUUGUGUGGUCACACCAAAUUAUGGCAUGGAAAUCUUGUGGAUGAAAACUCCACUAGCGCCCAUUCAUUUGAAAUUACUCAUUCACUGUAUACUCCUGACGUGUUUUGUUGUUGUUGACCAGUGUUAAGUGAGAUAAGCUAUGAUUGUUAUGUUUUUUUUCAACUUUUGUUAAUUUAUUUAAAUCAUGAUAUCUGAAAGGGUUAGCUAGCUCAACAAAAUGUGGAAAUUCACCUACAAUAUAUACAAAUUGAUUAUUUUACGUACGGUUUUGUAGUUGAUAACGACCGUGACAGUGACUUGCACGUCUUAAUAGUUUUUUUCCUCGAUUCUAGUUUUGUAGUUGUAGUGAGGUGUGAUGAUUUUAAGUACUACAGGGAUGGGAGGAUUUUACGAAGAGAAUUCAUUGAGAUUAUUUUUCAAAUUUCUUUAGAAAUUAUUUGAUUGUUCUAGUUUGUAAUUGUAGGCUUAAACAGGAAAUUGCUGUUUUAUUUGUGUCCACUGUGUUAGAAAGUGUUGAAAUGCUGCGGAAGAUUAGAAGAGUGAAGUUUACUCUUUCCUUAUUUAUUUGUCUUUAGGCCGAGCAGUAUAUUAGAUGAUCUCGAAUUUUUGAUGUUAGUCUGAGAUGAGUCUCUGCUAAUUAGUUAAUUACGGCAAUUGAUUAGUGGUGACUUGUUAAUAUUCUAAUUAUAUCUAGUUGUUACGUGCGUACACGAAGAGAAAUCGAGUCAAUUCUAGACCAUUUAUUAAGGAAAAGAUAGGAUUUAUGUUUAAGAUAAAAGAGCCAGGUCUUAUGAAGGAUUUUUAAGGCGAAAAGGAAGUUAAUGUUAUUUCUCUCUAACUUAUUGGCAGAAAGCAAAUUAAAAGGGGUUUGCGAUAAAAAGAAGUUGUUGGAAGGCCAGACGAAGGCUUGUUAAAUUGUUUAGGAUGUGUGUAAUAUUUAUUGAUAUAGUUUGUUCGCGGUUAUCAUUGAAUAGUUAUUGUAAAGAUAGCAGUAUGUCUUUGCAUUUAAAGUCUUGAAAGUUGACAGUCGUGAAAUAUUUUAACUAGAUUAUAAUUGUUGUAGGUUCUAUGUGUUGAGCUCUCAGAAAAUUGUUAGGUUGAAUCGUAUUAGGUCAAGUAUGCCGAGUCAGGCUGGAUCUUCUCACCUCGUAACAAGCUGGGGUGGAUCGGAUAGAGUCGUCUCGAGUUGAUUGCCACUCGGCAAUGGCAAACUCUUACUUAACGUGAUACGUAUCUACGCUUUCACGUCAGCAGAAUACUACCCGCAUUUUUAAUACUCUUAGCUCCUAAGAUGUAACUUAGAAAGCGCGACGUCACGAAAUUUUGCAUGUCGUUCGCUGCAACCUUGAAAAUCAGUGUCAAUGGCAAAGGAAGCCACAGAAAAUUGUUUUGGUAAGAGAGAAAAGCAGUUUGAUUGAAAAAUUAACCAAUCUGGAAAAGGGCUGGUAAAGAAUUAGCAAGAUUGAAAGGGAUUGAUUCAUGUAGCCUAAAUCUCUCAAGAUGUGCAAACAGUGACGUGGCAGCUUAAAGAAAAAAUAUUGAUAAUUAAAUCGUGGGCCUGUAACCUCUGCUAUAGGCUUUGGGUUUGACUUGUUGAUCGUAAUUUUAGUAGUUAAAGUUCUGUGUAUGUAACUUGAUAAUUCUGUGAACUUGAUAGCGGCUGAUUAAACCGAAAUUGACGUGC